AUGGAAGCACCCUACGUUCCAUUUGCUCUGCUGAAAUCUGGCCGUCUUAACCAGCGUUUGGUUGCUAGGUUGCUCCGUUUCUGGCCUGCUCGCAACAUCAAAAAAGGUGGUCAACUCAUGGGCGUCGACCUCCUCCUCCUUGACGAGAAGGGUUCCAUACAUGUCCACCAUCUUCCUGUUUUCCAGUCAUUGUUGGUUGAAGGAUCAUUGUAUGCUAUCAGUGGGUUCGAAGUCACAAGGAGCUCCACCCGAUUCAAGCUUACAGAUUUCCAUAUGUCCAUUCGGUUCACCGCAGAUACUGCCAUGGUUCGUGUGGAACAGUCAUUGUGCAACAUACCCACCGAACACUUCCGAUUUCGGUCCUACGACCAACUUUUGGCCCUUGGCAACACUAACAGUGAGCUUCCUGAUAUUAUUGGAGAAGUCUGCUCAACGAAAUCUUAUCACGAUGAAACCACAGAGGGCGUUCAGAGAAUGCUGAUUCACCUUCGUAUUGAAAGCGGAGAUAAAGUCCGAGUGAGUGCUUUUGAUGAUAACGCUAACUUCCUACACAAGUUAUUUAGCGAGAAAGAGGCAGGGAUAUGUAUCAUGUUGGCCACCAAUAUGAAUCCCAAGUUUUUCGGAGGCGAUCUUUAUCUGAAUGCCACAACUGGUUCGAAGUUCUACUUUGACGGCGACGUCAACGCAACCAAAUCCUACCUGGACCGCGUCAGCUCCAAAGAUUCAGGAAAUCUCCCCGCUGAAAAAUACCAUGGCGUCCAGAAGAUUGAACAUGUAUCCAUUGCAGAACUGAAUGACUUUUUGUUCACAUCUGACCUACAGGAGGCUGAAUUUCUGUGUACCGGUAAAGUUGUCGAGAUCCAGCCUACAAAAGGGUGGUGUUACAUAUCCUGUUCAAAAUGUGCAAAGAAGAUGACCAAAACCGAAACUACCCUGGCCUGCAACAAUUGCUACUCCCCUGAUGCAGUUGGUGAUGUCAAAUACCGGGUGGAGAUGGUCGUCGAUGAUGGGAGUGCAACGUCUGUUUUUGUAGCAUUCGACAAGGAUAUGGUGAAGCUUACUAAUAUUCUAGCUAAAACACUCGCUGCCAAAAUUAACGAUGCAGAAACCGCGGUCGAAAAUGACAUUGGCAUCCCCAAGGUUAUCGCAGAUAUUGUUGGGAAGAAAUACACCUUCCACAUCAAGCUCACAUCCUUCAAUUUCACAACACAGCAUCAGUCAUUUACUGUGACGCGAAUAUUUGACAAACCCUAUGAAGUCCCGACACCAACAUUUGUUACUCAGAAGGAUCUGAAUGCAACACUCCAACCCAAAAGCGGUCAGAAGGGCCAAAGUUUGCCUGUUUUGGAAUCGACGACCUCAGACGGCGCACCACCAAAUACAAACGCUGAGAAAAAAGCACCGUCAAACAGUGAAGAUGAUGGGGAGAACCAUAUGUCUCCAACCGAGAGUAACAAUCACGUCCGCAAGAAAUCAAAACAUAACUAG